AUGGAGAAAUCUCUCUCUCCUAUUGGUGAGAUGGAAAUGUCUGUUGUAACAACUGCAACAGACUUGCCCUCUGGCACUGAUACCAAUACCAUCUCCACUACGACCACAACUAGCUGUGACAUCUGUGGAAAAGCAUUCAGUCGCCGAUACUAUCUAAAGGUGCAUCGUCGGAUCCAUACAGGAGAACGUCCAUUUAAGUGCAACUUAUGUGGCUAUGCCUUUAGCCGCAGUGACCACUUACUGAAGCACAAACGUCCAAAUAAGGGCCUGCGGAAACUAAGUUGUGUCCCCCAACCACACCUCACUGAUGAAGAUGUUGCAGCUGCCACUGUGGUUGAAGAUCCUACAGCUCUACCUGAACAUCAGGACCUGGGAAUCAGCAUCGGAGUUGUUACAAAUGCAGAUGAUAUUACCAAUGGUCAAACUCAGAUUACAGAGACAGCUGUCAAUGAGCUCACAGUUAAUGAGAUCAGUGUUGACCAUGUCAACUUCUUGCACAGUGCCGGAGUUGAGGUAACUCUCCAACCUCAAGUGACCUUAGAUGGUCAACACAUAGCAGUUGCUGUCCAUCCACAAGUUGACUUGGGUAAUCAUACAAAUAUCUUGCACUUUGCAAAUGUGUCUCAUCAGAUUGACGUGCAUACUACCUAA